AUGCUGUCCACUAUCAUCAGUAAGACCUGUUCCCAACAACAAGCACCCGUUGCAGUACAUACUUGCAAUGGACGAGGCAAAAGUUAUUGCUUGAUCCAUCGACGAUAUUUCGAAACCAGUUGGUGUCCGGAUUGCGGUCGCUCAAGUCGUAAGUGGCUGUUUAUUUUGGGCCCUUGGAGAAGAAAUCGGUUGCUAAGUAUCUUUCAUUAG